AUGCAGUCCUGUCGACCAACUACUCUCGCUCUCCGGGCCGCCGCCAGAUCCUCUCGACCUAGAACCAUUCAACGCCGAAAUCUCCAAGACAUUGCAAUCACAAGAACAGGCAAACCUAUCAUUCGUUCGCAGGGUGGAAGAUCAUCACUAGGAGGUCAUACAGCUACUGUCUUCGGCGCCAAUGGCUUCCUUGGCCGAUAUAUCGUCAAUCGACUUGCAAAGAGGGGGGUACAGGUUGUCAUUCCAUACAGAGAUGACAUGGGCAAAAGACAUCUCAAGGUCUCGGGUGAUUUGGGAAGGGUCUCUUUUAUGGAAUUCGAUCUUCGCAAUACCCAGUCAAUAGAGGAGAGUGUUCGACAUUCUGACAUUGUCUUCAACUUGAUUGGUCGCGACUAUCCAACCAAGAACUUCAGUCUCUUUGAUGUCAACGUUGAGGGUGUUGAGCGCAUCGCGGAAGCUGUUGCCAAGUACGAUGUCGACCGUUUUAUCCAUCUCUCCUCAUAUAAUGCCGACAUUAAUUCCCCGUCUGAGUUCUUCAGGACAAAGGCACAAGGAGAACAAGUUGCAAGACAAUUAUUCCCCGAAACCACAAUUGUCCGCCCAGCUCCCUUAUUUGGCUUCGAAGACAACUUGUUACAUCGAUUGGCUGGUGUCACCAACUUCUUGACCUGCAAUAACAUGCAAGAACGCUUCAACCCUGUCCAUGCUAUUGAUGUAGGUGAAGCCUUGGAGAAAAUUGGUUAUGACGACUCUACCGCUGGCGAGACAUUUGAGCUUUACGGCCCCACCAAUUACAGCAUGGCCGAGAUUGCCCAGCUUGUCGAUAAAGAAAUUAUAAAGCAUCGUCGCCACAUCAACCUCCCCAAGACCCUGUUGAAGCCGGUUCUUCACUAUCUAAACAAAGUCAUCUGGUGGCCAAUCAUAUCCGCAGAUCAACUCGAGCGCGAAUCUCUCGAUCAAUACGUUGACAAAUCGGCCAAGACCUUCAAGGAUCUUGGUAUGCAACCAGCAGAGCUCAGCGAGCUGACAUAUCACUAUCUACAAGAUUACAGAAGCAGCAGUUACUACGACUUACCUCCGGCUACAGCAAGGGAGAAGCGAGACUCGAAGAAGUACUUGCAUGUUAUCGAUGAUCAAUAG